UCCGCCAUUUGUCAGCUUGAAUUCGCAAAGAACGCAUCGUUUUCUGUAUUUUAAUUGCUAAAAAUGGAGAAUUGUCGUACACCCACAAACAAGGUCAAAAUUACCUUUCCCCGGACUCCAACGCUAAAGGAGCGCAGAUGGAAUACCCUGAAGGUUAACACCUCCAACGUGCGAUGCUCCACACCGAUUUUCGGCAACUUCCGUUCGCCCAAUCUAUCGCCCAUCGAAAACAUGGGCACGAAGAAGAGUCCGGCAUCGCCCAUGCGGUUCGAAGCAUUCAAGAAGCCGCCAAUGAAAAUUGCUCAUAAUCAACAUAGUCAUCAGCAUAGUCACCGCACUCAGCUCAAACCACCGGUCUUCAAUUUGCCCAAGCCGCAGGAAGAGAUUACCGAGACGGAGAGUGAGAUUAAGAGCUGCAGCAGCCCGGACACCUGUUCGGAUGACUCCAGCAGGGAUACCUCGUUGACUUUGGAGUCGCGUCGUCGUUCCAUAAAGGCGUCAAACCAUUCGUACGUAGUUAACCAUGCUGCCAAUGUGGAGCAGAUUCUCAUGCACAUGGGCCUGGAGAAUUAUGUGACCAACUUCGAGGAGGCUCACAUCGAUCUAGUGGAACUGGCCUCCAUGGAACGGGCUGAUCUCAUUAAAAUUGGCCUAAACACCGAUGAGGAUUGCAACCGUAUCAUGGAUGUUCUCCACACUCUCUAAACGGAUCGCUGGCAGAUUCUGUUUUAUUUAUAACUAAAAUUUUAAAAAUGUUUUAUGUGAAGAGAAAUUAGUAAUGUUGAUAUAGGUGGAUAGUCAAAUAUGUAAUGUGAGGCGUGUUGUAAAGGACCUGGUGUCCUAAAGCCAAAAAAAGAAAAGAUCAAUUAAUUUAAUGUUAUAAGUAAAUCUUUUUGUACUCUUAGUCAUCAAUUU